AGCAUAAGAAGGCACUCCCCAUAUGCGUUAAUAAACGCAAUGUCAAGUGUACUGAGUCGUGAACUCCUAACGCGAGAGCGACACGCCUCAACACAGCGAAGCGCCUUUCUGCUCCAGAAACAGUUCGUGGAAAGCGUUGUAAGCAGCCAUGUCAUCACUAAGUGACAAGUCUGAUAAGGAGAUCACCCAGCUGUUGGAUGAAUAUGGCAUCAAACAUGGACCCAUAGUAGAUUCCACACGGAAACUCUAUGAAAAGAAACUGAAAGACGCCAUGUCCAAAAACACCAAGCCGUCCUCGUCUGACAAGACAUAUUACAGAGAAGAACAGGAAGAAGUCGAAUAUGUUACUUAUCAUCAACAAGCUACGAGACAUGAUGGAUUUGGUGAUGUCAUUAGGAGGUCAAAGUUUGCUGAGCCAGAUUUCUCCCUUGACACACGGAGGUCACAGGUUACUAGCUAUAGAGAUGAUGUAGACACUACAGAUGAGCCAAUUAUCAGCCAAACUCGGACAACCUAUCAAAGUUCUUCUCACCCACUGCAAUCGGUUCCCAAAUCCAGCCAGCAUGGUGCCAGUCCAGAGACAAACAAAUCUGGGGGUGUGCCAGGGUGGCUUCGUGUUCUGGUGUUUGUUACCAUUGUUAUAUUACUUUAUUAUGUGUACUCAUAUAUGGAGCCUGCAGAAGAGAGCCCCUUUAAAAAGAUUCAGUAGAGGAUGUGAGAGAUUUUAGAUAUGUACAUGAUCCCCUACCAAACUGAUUCAGUUUAAGAAAAACCAAAAACAUGGCCUUGAUGGAGGGCAAGAAAUGGUAAUCUGUAACAUUGCAUAUGAGGUCCUGUUCCUUUUUAUAUGCAUUAGCAUAUUUGAUACAACCACAAAUUUACAUAAUCUGAAAUCUGAAGCUUUAUUCAACUAUUUGCUAUUCAUGAUUUUAUGAACCCAUGGGAGCAAAUGUAAAAGUGUGAUGAAAAAAUAAUAAUAAUAAAAACAAACACAAUUUGUUUGACAAAAAUUAUUUUUCAAUUUUAUUUAAUUGGGGGCAUUUAUUUUCACAACUUGGUGCUAUAAGUCUAUUUUCUUUUUAUUUUCAUAAAAACUGAAUGUACAAUGCUUAUUAUACAGUGGUAAUAUGUUUAUUGCAUAUCACAGGAAAUUCUGCAAAGUACAAUUUUUUACAAAGGGAUUUAUAUUAACUAUUUUCUCAGUGUGUUGAAAACUUUAAGGAUACAAAUGUUAUUAAAAUUGUAUUAAAUGAAAAUGUAUGACGUGCCAUACUCUUACUACAAGAUACAGUUGCUUUCAUGUAAACAACUUUUUUUGUGCUUGUGUUAUUUUUUGAAUGAUUUUCUGCUUUAAAAAUAUAACUCUUAUUUUAGAUUCCUGGAUUAUUAGUUUAAUUUCUGGUAAAAAUGUGUAAAAAAUAAAAUAUG